AGUGGUAAUGCAAUCAUGGACUGCCAUGUGAGAGCAAAAUCGCCAUGGGUUCAAAGUAGUUUUCUUCUGACGAUACCGUCGUAAACUCCUCCCUUGAGUUGCCAAUUCAUUGUUACAUUGUUGUGCCGAUCUGUGGAGCAGAAGUCGGAAUUGCCCUGGGGAGCCGAUAUCCUCGUAGAGCCAGCGAAUCCUAUGCAUAUUGAGCUAUGCAGGUCGAAUUUCUACAUCUCAUGCAUUCGGAAGACUCGCCCCGCACCAUUUGUCAUGUCAACUCCAUAAACCAUCGUAGCCAUAGUAUAAUGUGCUGAGAGAUAGGUCUAUGACCAUUUAUAUUUAGAAAAGCCCCUCUUUCGGUUAAUUUCUUAGACUAUAUAUGCAGGGCGUUUAACACACGUUCCCACCAGAUGAUUGGCGUCACUUGUAGUGCUCGGGACCAUAAAGCCCGCGAGGCCGACGCGCUCCACACUCGUAAUUCCACAGCUUUCUCAACCAACCAUGCACUAUCUAAGGUCAGUUAUUGGGAAGCAGUUCCUCGUGUACCUAAGGUGACCGCACACAUAUAUAAAUCCUACACCGUACCCCUCAACCCACCGUCGGAGCCAUCUCCGAAACUCACCCACGCACAGCUCCAAGCAGGCCUGCACCGCAAAGUACGCUUCCCCCAGGAGUUUGUGCCGCCCAUCGCCUCAUGCGACGUGCUUUCGGAUGAGAACAAUGUCGUGAAGCGCUACGUCACGUUCAAGCCCGGUGGUCAUAAGACGGAGACGACGGAAAUUGUUAGGACGUGGGGGGAUGUUUGGGUAUGUCUUCUCAACCUCUUUCUGGUUCUUUUUCCCCCUUCCAGCCUACAAACCCCAUUCAAUGUAUUCCGUUUUCCGGUUGAUUAG